GGAGGUGGAAUAUUCAUACCCGGAUCAAACGAGAUUAUACAAGUCCGAACGAUAAUUGUCAGUUGAUAGAUAUCACGGAUCUUCACAGAAAGAAAUUAAAUCCAUACGAAAAGGCAGCGAAUUAUCAUAUUUGCUGGAAUAGAAGAAGAAAUGAAUCGAGUCUUAGAGAAGAAUACUGUGAAAACAAUAAAAAAAAUUGUAAAGGAAAAACAAACCCACUUUUGUUACUAUAACAACAACAAAAAAAAAGAUAUAUAGAAAAGUACCUAAUGGAAUAUAAAGAUUGAUAAGACAAAAAUCAAAAUAACGUUACCAUUUAUAUGAUAUAUAGAGAUAGAUAUAUAGAUAUGUACAUAUAUAAACAUUCCAAAACGUUUACCUUGGAGAAAAAAGUAACAACCCAUCUUCCCACAUGGAGUAGGAAAAAAAGAAUCAAAUAAUAAUGACCAACGAGAUAUCGAAUCUAACAAAAGCGAAAAAAUUCCCAGACCAAUGAUGAUGAAAAAGGUAAAUAUUUUAGGCAGUUUGUUUACACCGAGCAGCACCCUCAGUGGCACCCUCGCCCGCCUCCACCUGCUGGCACUAUCCCAUCGCCUGUGCCACGGUGCCACGAGGAUGAGCUAGGCGCAUUCGGCGUUCAGGGAGAAUGGGUCAGGUGCUCUGGCUGUGAUGCGUGGAGGGUGGGCGAGGGCAACCAGGGUCGUAGGCGUUGUAGUCGUGCUAAGUGUAGCAUGGCUCCAGCUCGCGCUCCCUCCUUUACCUCAUGACCCUCAGGCUGCUCUUGGGGGAGGUGCUCGUGAAACCCCAGAGCUUGACCCAGCAAUCAUCAUCCACCACAGCCCGGCUUCAAAGUUCCUGCAGGCCAAAGGAAAAUCUCCAAGCUCCUCAGAAGGGUCGAAACUUACAGCAGAACAGAUUCAAGAGAUUCGCGAGCAAAUUCAACUUCGCAGUGGGAAUGAGACAGUCUUGAAUGAGGAGUUAUUUGGUCCUGUUCAACCUGAUACUAUUGUCAUAGCAGUCCAGGUGCACAAUCGGUUAGAGUACUUAAGACAUUUAAUUGUGUCUUUAGCACAAGCAAGAGACAUAGACUCUGUAUUGCUUAUAUUUUCCCAUGAUAAUUUUGAUGAAGACAUCAACCAGCUAGUCACAACCAUUGACUUUUGUAAGGUGAUGCAGAUCUUCUAUCCGCACUCUUUGCAGACCCAUCCAGACAGCUUCCCUGGAGAAUCUCCUGGUGACUGCCCGAGAAACACGAAGCCGGAAGAAGCUGCAAAACUUAACUGCAUAGGUAGCCCAGACCUCUACAACCACUACCGAGAAGCUCGUUUCACGCAAACUAAACAUCAUUGGUGGUGGAAAGCAAACAAAAUAUUUGAUGAUGUGUGGGUCCUAAGAAACCACACAGGGUUGGUGCUCUUCUUGGAAGAGGACCAUUAUGUCGCUGAGGACUUCCUACACAUGCUUCGGCUCCUCUCGGCAGCCAUCCCUCGAGCCUGUCCCAAGUGUUCGCUCAUAACAUUAGGAAACUAUUUGAAAAAUUAUAAUUUCCAAAUAGAUGGAAGAAAGGUGGAGGUUACUCAGUGGGUUUCUUCAAAGCACAACAUGGGUUUUGCUUUUAAUCACAGUGUGUGGCAACAGAUAAAGGCAUGUAGCUCACAGUUUUGUGAUCAUGAUGACUACAACUGGGACUGGUCACUACUUCACGUGAGCUCCUCCUGCCUUCCGCAGAAAUUGCACACACUUGUUCUCCGUGCCCCAAGGGUCUUCCACAUUGGAGAAUGUGGUGUCCACCAUAAAAAGAAGGACUGCAGUUCUCGCACUGUCUUACACAAAGUGCAUCGAGCUAUACAAGUGGGACAACAUACUUUAUUUCCACGACAACUGGUUGUGGUUCACACACCUCCAAAAAAGGUGAAAAAGCACAAGGGCAACGGAGGCUGGGGCGACAAAAGGGAUCACGCCCUUUGUCGUUCAUUUAGUGUGAGUACCGCCCCUGAUUCUGUGAUGGUCAACAGCUCUACUCUGUCGACGCAAGUGGUUGGUAAUAAUUCAGUCAAUGGGAGUGCGAUAGUCCGGAGUGGCUCUUGAUCAUGGCACUGCAAUUUUCUUAUUACUGAUGUAUAUAAGUUCAGACUUACAAUGUGAUGAAUUUUUAGCACAAGGGAAAGAAGUUGUAAAUGAAUGAGGUUCUUAUGAAGGAUGAGAUCUUUACAUUACUGUGAGUUGAUUCAUUCAUCAGAAAAUUGAUAAUCUUUGCACAAUACAGAAUAUGGAUGCCUUUUAUCACAGAUUUUUGAAGUCCAUUUGAAGCAAGUAUGACUUUUUGUUAUUAGUUGCUUUUACUAUCAUACUCUCAUUUUACAUCUAGGCAGAUUUGUGGAAAUUGAAAAGAACAAAAGCAAAAAUAUAUAUGUGUUGCAAAGCUAGUUUCCUUGAUUUAUGGAGAGUUCAUUAUCAGUAAGCAUAGUUUGAUACCUCAGUAUCAAGCACAACAAGGCAUACUAUUUUGUCAAUUACAUAAAUGAGAUUACUCUCAGUAAGUAUGACAAUCAGUUUGUAGUUUACCCACUGUGAAUGGGCAUUAUGAAUAUUAUUGUGUUUGUAAAGGCUCAUAUUGUUGACGUCAAUUUAGUUAGUGCUGUGAAAGACAUUUUUUUAAUCAGUAUUUUGAAUUAUAUUCCAUUUUAUUUUUAACCCAUUGCUGCUGGGACCAUGUGCUGUCCUCUGUAGAUUUUGUUUUAUUAGUUUUGAUUAGUAAUAAACUCACUAAAGACUUUAUUGUAAGCCUACCAGAACUCACCUGUUUACCUUAUUGUUAAUUUUUUUUGGAAAACAGGGCUUUAAUGUCUGUUACUAUUAUUAUUGUUUGUAAGAUCAUCAUUAUUAUUG